AUGUUGGUCGCUUGUGCUGAUCAGAGCUCCAUUGAUGCGAUCAAGGCGGUCGGCGGAAGCAUCACCAUCGUCUACAUGGAGCGGGUGGCGCUGCGCGCGCAUGUGAAGCCUUGGAAGUUUGAGGUCUUGCCCAGGACAGCGCGGCCUGGUUUGAAGAUGACGACCUACAUGGAGAAGAUGAAAGCUCGAGGGGCGCUCGUCAAGUACAUCAAGCCCCUGUGGCUCAUUGAGGAGGAGAAGCGGCUCCAGACCCAGCUUCGGGAGCUGCAGGGCGAGGAUGGUGCUGCCAUCGCGCGGAAGCUGGUUGAGUCUGGAGAGUACUUGAAGAAGACCACGCUGGGCUGA